CAAUAAUAACUAAAAACUAUAACAUAAAAAAUGAAGACCACUUACAAAGUUGCUAGGGAUUGGACAUUCUAUAAGAUACUAAAAGUUACCUCAAAGGUGAAUCACCCCUUUAAGGUCAAUAAGACUGCUAGUAGGUUGCCCUGCUUCAGCUCUUGCUGCACCCCACCAGCCCCAGGAGCCCAGUCCCUGAUAAACAGGCCAGGCAGCCAUAGAUUGGACUGAGUUACAUCUCACUAGGAGGGAGUAACAGAGUCCCUCUCCAGCACCCAGAGAAGAAGCAAUAACGAAGCGUGCCGUUAGACCCCAUGACAGCCAGUCAGCCCAGCCUAAAGGAAGUACCACGUGUAACAACCACGCAUCUGCUAGGGCCGCCCCGGGGCCAGGACUGAGCACUUCCUGCAGGCCAACAGGCCCGUAUUAUCUGAUUAUUGGACUCUAAUCAGCUAGAGGGCCGUGGCAGGGCAACCACCGACAACUGCAAAUCGAGACGGUACCAUGAGCGGCUGAAGUAAACCUUUUCCUUCUUAAUCCGCCCUCAGCCCCUCCGUUCCCUAACCAUGUCCAGCACUGGGUAUAACUCCCAAAAUGGGGGGUCCGGGCCGCCGUACAGCAACGGUCCAGUUCAGGGUUCAUUGAUGUAUUCUCCAGCAUUGGCAAGCCAAGGAUAUAAUUCUGUUCUCCCAGGCUCUUAUCCUCCGCAAAUCCCAGCAAAGGCUACUCAGCAUCCUGGCCAUGGACAGCAAAACUCUAGUGUUCCUCAGACUGUACCACAGUUGGAUGGUCUUCAGACUGUUCAUCGGUUAAGUGGUCCUCAAAAUUUUCCUCAAUUAUCAAAUUAUCCUGUUUCUGGGCAAACCUUUAAUAGGCCACCCAUGGGACAUACGCAAGUGGCGUCUUCACAACAUACAGGCGCCAGACCAAGGAUGCCAUCUCCACCUCAGAACACUGCUGGAGAACCAGCACCUGCUGACAGUAAUGCUUCUCAAGGAAAUGUUCAUCUGCAGUCAAAUUGGCAGUAUUUUUCAAAACCCCAGCCUUUUGCAAAUCACAUUUACUCCUCAGCAGGAUCUAUAUCAGGACAGCCAUCGUUACAAUCAAAUGCAAAUCAACCAACUACACGUCAAUAUGUGACUCCUUUCGGAGGUCCUCCUCUUCAGAACAGCUUUAUGAGUCAAGAGGAUAAAAUGUCACUGGAGAUUGAAGAGGAUGCUUCAUCUUAUCAGUUCGCCUGGUCUAAGUUGGUGAAGGAAACUGGCGAAAGAGCUAAUUCUGCACCUCCAGGAAGUGACAGUUCUUUACACAAUAGCUACGAUACAAUAGAAGGUGGCGGAUAUAUGCCUUCCAUAAAUAAUUUGGCUUCAUCAGUUGGUGGCUUGAGCCUUCACCAUUCUCAGCAGCUGGAUGGGUUAAGAGCUUUGAACCUUCUACAGGAGAGAAAUAUCCUGCCUCCGACACCUCUGAAGGCUCCCACUCCAUGCCUGCUGGAAGAUAUCCAGAAGCUUAACUGUAACCCAGAGUUGUUUCGUUGUACUUUGACUAACAUCCCUCAGACACAAGUUCUUCUGAACAAAGCCAAACUGCCAUUGGGACUCCUACUGCAUCCAUUCAAGGAUCUGUCUCAACUUCCUGUUGUGACUUCAAGUACAAUCGUCCGGUGUCGUUCUUGUCGGACUUAUAUUAAUCCCUUUGUCAGCUUCUUGGACCAAAGACGAUGGAAAUGCAAUUUAUGUUACAGAGUAAAUGACGUACCUGAAGAGUUUAUGUACAAUCCUGUAACUAGAGCCUAUGGUGAGCCCCACAAGAGGCCAGAGGUUCAGAAUGCUACAAUUGAAUUUAUGGCACCAUCAGAAUACAUGCUGCGGCCACCACAGCCCCCUGUGUACCUCUUCAUGUUGGAUGUUUCCCACAAUGCAUUAGAAACCAGCUACCUGAACACUGUCUGUCAGACUUUGCUUGAAAAUCUAGACUGGCUCCCUGGAAACACCAGAACAAAAAUAGGUUUCAUUACAUUUGACAGCACAAUACAUUUCUACAGUCUGCAGGAAGGAUUAUCGCAGCCCCAGAUGCUGGUUGUAUCCGAUAUUGAUGAUGUUUUCAUCCCAAUGCCCGAAAAUCUUCUGGUUAAUCUGAAUGAGUGUAAAGAGCUGGUCCAGGAUUUGUUGAAGAACCUCCCACAAAUGUUCACAAAAUCAUCAGAAACACAAAGCGCCUUAGGACCCGCUCUUCAGGCUGCGUUUAAGCUGACAUCACCGACUGGUGGGCGCAUAACUGUCUUCCAAACACAGCUUCCUUCUCUGGGAGCAGGUGCCCUAAAACCCAGGGAGGAACCCAACCAAAAGUCCUCUGCAAAGGAAAUCCAUAAUCUUACUCCAUCAACUGAUUUUUACAAGAAGUUGGCUUUGGACUGUUCAGGGCAGCAGAUAUCCGUUGACCUGUUUCUCCUUAGUGGGCGGUACUCUGAUUUGGCCUCGCUUGGCUGUAUUUCCAGAUAUUCUGCUGGGAGUGUUUACUACUAUCGUUCCUACCAUACUCAGCAUAAUCCAGUUCAAGUGGAGAAACUGCAAAAAGAGCUGAAGCGAUACCUGACGAGGAAGAUUGGCUUUGAAGCAGUCAUGAGAAUUAGAUGUACUAGAGGACUUUCCAUCCACACCUUUCAUGGGAAUUUCUUUGUUCGCUCCACCGACCUGCUUUCUCUUCCUAACGUAAACCCUGAUGCCGGAUACGCAGUGCAGAUGUCUGUGGAAGAAAAUCUAACGGACACCCCAGUUGUUUCUUUUCAGUCAGCUCUCCUCUACACUUCUAGCAAAGGUGAAAGAAGAAUUCGUGUUCACACAAUGUGCUUGCCUGUUGUUUCUGCAGUCUCAGAUGUGUACGCUGGUGCUGAUGCACAGGCAAUAACAGGACUACUGGCCAACAUGGCUGUUGAUCGAUCCAUUACUUCAAGCUUGAGUGAUGCACGGGAUGCCUUGGUAAACGCUGUGAUAGAUUCGCUAUCUGCUUAUCGCAGUUCAGUACUGACAGUGCAGCAGCCUGGCCUUCUUGCUCCUCAUUCAUUGCGGCUCCUACCUAUGUUUGUGUUGGCACUCCUAAAACAGAAGGCAUUUCAGACUGGAACGAAUGCAAGUUUGGAUGAAAGAAUUUUUGCCAUGUGUCAAAUUAAGAACCAGCCCUUGUUAUACCUCCUGCUAAUGAUCCAUUCCAAUUUAUAUAGAGUUGACAAUCUGACAGAUGAGGGAGCCCUGGACUUCAAUGACAGGACCAUCCCCCAGCCUACCAUUCUCCAGCUGUCUGUAGAGAAGCUAAACCGUGAUGGGGCUUACCUAAUGGAUGCUGGCUCUAUAUUAAUUAUUUGGGUGGGCCGUAACUGUGGACAGAACUUCUUCACUCAAGUCCUUGGAGUUGCUAACUAUGAAACAAUGCCUGUGGAAAUGAAUCGGUUGCCUGAACUGGAUACAGCUGAAUCUGCCAGAGCAAUAGCUUUUAUCUCCUGGCUCCGAGAACAGAGACCUUUUUUCCCAACAUUACAUAUAAUACGGGAUGAAAAUCCUCUGAAAACAGCCUUCACACAGAACAUGAUUGAAGACAGAACAGAGUCUGCUUUAUCUUACUAUGAGUUCCUCCUGCACCUUCAGCAGCAAGUGAACAAAUAAAGUGCUGCAACUGCAAGACGAUACCUACAGCAGACCCAUGCUUGGUGGCCUGUCCGUCUCCUCCUGUGCAUUACUACAUUUUUGGGCCUCACACCAUAAGAUGUGCAUACACUGUGAUUUCAAAAAAUCUACUCUUCUAAGACAAAACUUGGGGACUGAAAUGUGCAAGCACACAAAUUGGAUUUAAAAACAACAGCAUUUCCGCCAGUUGAUUGUUGAAUUACUAAUUAUUGAAGAAUUGUUAAUUUUCCACUGCCAGAUGAGUCGUUAGACACUACGCAGGACUCUUUUUGGCACCAAAGCAUUCAUGCUUAUAUUCAGGAGAUCUAUAAGGAGUUCAAUAACAAUAAAGUCAGAUUUUUCUUUAUAAUAUCUAUAUUUUUUCUUUCUGUCCACUUUCCUGUAAUUAUUAUUUUGCUGCUAGUUAUUUUUCCUACAAACGAAUUACCAGCUUAUCCCCAUUCUUUGCAAUAGCAGGCACUCCUUUCAAAGGUCACACCGUAUAGACCUCAAUUAGCAUC